AUGGUGCGCCACCUCCACGAUGGCAUGAUGGUGCGCGUCACGGACAAUGAAGCUGUCUCAGAGGCACUCGCAACAACCAACGGAAUGAAGCUGGGCUACGCCCUCGAGCUUACCCUCUUUCGUCUUAUAAUCUCUGUCAUGCCGAUGAACGCCUACCAUGACGAACGCCCUGAGAUCCGCGCCGCUAACAGGACCGUCGACCAUCAACGGAUGCAUUUUCAGACUCGUGCGUUCACAACUUCCGCUCAUGAACUUCUCUUCCCCGAAGACUGCGCUCCCAACGCAAUCACAGAAGGAGACAUGCACAGGCGCAUUUACCAAUUCGUCGCCGCCUGCGACGUCUCCGGCCUAAUCAUCAACACGGAAAAAACAGCGGUUAUGCCUCAACCACCACCCGACGCUGCUUACGUUGCACCCCAAACCAACGUGAACGGCGCCCAACUGCAAGCUGUAGCUAACUUCACGUAUCCGGGCAACAUUCUCUCUCGCACCACCAAGAUCGACAAUGAAGUGGCCCGCCGGAUCUCCAAAGACAGCCAAGUCUUCGGCCGUCUGCGAAACACAGUUUGGAAUCGACGCAAUCUCCAUCUCAGAACCAAAUUGAAGAUGUACAAGGCAGUCAUUUUGCCGACACUGCUGAAUGGAGCGGAAACAUGGACGGUGUAUUAG